GUAUCGCGCAUGCGCUGCUUUUCAUUCUCUUUCCCAGAAGCAAACAUUUUCUGAAGAAGGGUCUAGGCCCAAAAUGUCAGCUUUCCUGCUCCGAAGAUGCUGCUUGGCCUGCUGCGUUCAUCCACCUCCACACCUUGUUAUCUUGUACCCUAUGUAUUCUCACAUUGGCCUUAGUGGAGAGUUCCAGGGUCUUGAUCCGGCGACAAUGAAGCGAGGGAUAUAUUUCGAAGUUAGUAUGGUGCGUGGCUUAGAGGAGAAGUUGCUCUAUAUCAAGAACGUGUUCCUCCACAUCAGCUACCCAAAACCGUUUAAAUGGAUGUAUUCAGCAUGGACGCAUGUGGAAUGAACUUCCUGACGAAAUCGUCUCUCUGGCUCCAAUUGUAACAUGAAAGCGACAUUUGGAUAAAAACAGUGUUGAGUAUUGUCACCGGAAUGAAAAAAAACUGAUCUGGGUGAUCAAUGGAACUUCAAACCAGAUGAUUGGCUUUUGCAGCUGAAUGUGGAGAAGAGCGAAUCUCCGGCGCACCGGCCUCAGAGAGUUUAACAGUUACUGAGGGGAAAAUCUCCAACUAACUCCCUGAUGUCCGAGCAAAGGCUGAAAGGAGAAUAAAUGAUAUCCUUCCAUAUUUACAUUUGGCGAUGUUUCUGGCCUGUGACUGUGUGGAUGUGAAUAUUGAAUCAGAGAGACUUUGGGAAAAGGGCGGGCGGGUUAGUCUAACGUCACUGUGUUUGCCUGUCCGCUCAUAUCAUGAUAUUUCCGAAUCUCUCUUGUGCAAAUCCAAAAUAUUUUCAAUUCCAUUCAUCCACCUGCUCCCCCACUAAACCCCAAAGCUAGAAUUCAAGGCUGUGUACACGGAGCCGUCAAUUCGAGUGAAAACUUUUCGGCUGCAAACCUUCCCGUGUCAGGAUCAGGAACGAUCGAGCCUGGCUCUCUGGAGAUGCGGAAUUGCAGAGGAAUUGGAGAGUUUCUUCCGAGAGAGAAACACAGAGAGGCAACAGGAGCAGGGAGCUUGAGGGCAGGUUGUCUCCGCGCCGUCCGCUCGCUGCCUUUAAGUUGCUCAGUGCCGCCACCAGCAGCUUCAUUGCUGACCCAGCUCAGUCUGACAGAGAGAGAGAUUCAGCGCAGAGUUCCCGACAUGAGCGACAGUGCAGCCGCCGAAACGGCUCCUCCAGCCUCCGCCAGCACUAAACCCAAGGCUCCCAAGAAGAAGAAGGCGGCGGCUCCCAGGAAAAAACCAGCCGGUCCCGGGUUGGGCGAGCGGAUUGUGAAGAUUGUCGGGGAGAACAGCGAUCGGAAGGGGACGUCUCUGGCCGCGAUAAAGAAGGCGCUGCAGAGAAGCGAGGUCAAUGUGGAGAAGCAGAAUGCACAGAUCAGGAUGGCGACCAAGAGGUGCCUGGCGAAAGGCUCCCUGGUUCUGGUGAAGGGCCAGGGCGUCUCCGGCUCCUUCAAACUCCCAAAGAAUCAGGUCAAGACAAAAGUGGGAAAGAAGGCGAGACCCGUAGCAGCCGCCAAGAAAGCAGCCGUGAAGAAAACAACGGCCAAGACGGUGGCAGCGAAGAAAUCCCCAGCCAAGAAAGCAACAGGAAAGAAAGCGGCCGGCAAGAAGGCAGCAACGCCAAAGAAAGCGGCGAAGAAAGCAGCGCCUCAGAAAAAGACUCCCGUGAAGAAGGUGAAGAAGACCAAGAGCCCCAAGGCCUCAAAACCGGCCCCGAAAUCGGCGAAACUGAAGGCCAAGCCCAAAGCGAAAGUGACCAAGAUAGCAGCAAAAAAAAAAGCAGUCGGCGCAACAUGUAACCACUCGAACCCAAAGGCUCUUCUCAGAGCCACCCACAUCUCUCCAGGAAAGAGCUGAGCCCGGAUCGAAUGAUCCGAGAUAAUAUGGUGCAGAGCUGGAUGAACAAAACAGGCCAAGCAGUAUCAGAGGAGCAGGAAAGCUGGCGUUUCGGGCCUAGAUUCUCCUUCUCCCUCCUCUGAUGCUGCUCGGCCUGCUGUGGUCAUCCAGCUCUACACCUUGUUAUUUCAGAUUGUCCAGCAUCUGCAGUUCCGUCUAUAUGUCAAAUGAUCCCUGUCCCGGUUCCGAGUGCAGACAGAGCAUAAACUUGAAUUGAUUCGAGUAACUCAAAUAUCACAUUUCCGAGAGCGGAGACUGAGAAUGAGGAAGGUAUCACAUGGGGAGGGUCACUGGUGCUGCAUCUCGAUAUUUCAUACCGCAAUUUGUAAUUCUGUCCGGGCACAAAUGUAACAUAUUGCAGUAUAUGCAUCUCAUUAACCCUUCCAGGAAUGAUAAUUUUUUAAAUUUUGAUGACAGGACCUCUGGCGGUUUUAACGGUGUAUUCCUUCCAUUUACCUGCGAAAGACAUUUCAGGCAGUAAUUACAAAUUGUGUUCGGAAUGCUUACAA